AUAAUUUCGACCAAGGCACACCAAGAGAACAAGGAGACCUCUGCAAACUCAUCUUCCAUAGCCAAAAUUCGAGCUCAAGCCAUAGGGUUCCAAGAAGGAAGAUUAAAGAAGGAAAAAGCUAGGAAAAAGUGUGAAAAUUAAGGAACUUGUGAAAGGUAUUUCAAGUGAUUUCACAAAGUUGGAAAAGUCGCCGGAGUUGUCGCCGGAGUUGGCCAAAAGUCGCCGGAGUUCCACCGGAGUUCAACCAAGAAGGGUAGAACUUCAUAACGCUAGUUCAAGGUUGAAGCUAGGGCUUGCUACCUGCACCUUUCUACGGGUGACAUCAAAUCAAGGAAGACGUGAAAUGGAGGGCAGGCGAAUGCGGACCAGGAACAAUCCGAGGGGGCAGGCGCCGGUAACAUCCCAAAGGGGAAGCCGGGCUGCAUCUCGGGGUUCAAGAGGAGGCCGUGGAGGCCGUGGAAGCCGUGGGGGUCAUCAAGCUCAAACUGUGAGUGAUGGCCAUGUAAGCUCGGUGUAUGAAACCAACACCGAGGACUAUGACUCUACGUAUGUUCCUGAGACAGAGCAUGAGGAGACCCCAUAUGAUGGGGGUGACACAUACACCGAUGAGGACAAUGAUGAAAGUGAUGCCCGCUUCGCCCAAAUGGGUGAAUUACUUGAGUGGUAUCAAAAGGAGAAACAGAGGAGAGACCUUAGGCGCCAAGCGAGGCGUGGCUCUCGUGGUGGUUCGGGUCAAGGGAGCCGGGGAGCUUCCGUGGCCACCCCAGCGGCGUCACAAGGGGGGCGUGAAGGAGGUUUUGUUGUGAGAAUCUCCAAGUACCUCAAGGAGGCUAGGGCCUUGGGGUGUAGGUCCUUUGACG